AAUGAGAGCUCUUUUGAUAAUUUGCUUAGUGGCUACUAUAUUUGCUGUAGAUGCAAACAAAUUCGCUGUUUUACUAUAAACAGGAACAAGAGGAAAUGAUGCAGUCGAAUCAGUAUAUAACCUUUUGAGAGAUCUCAAAACAGAAAACGUUAAUGUUUAAGCUGCUGCUGACAAGAAGAACAAUACAGAUGAAGGUAUUAAGUGAAAUAUCUUUAGAAAUCUUCACUUAAGUUAUUGGGGAUUUGACAAAUGUUGCCUCACUUAAUAAAUAAUAAUGGGAAGCUCUUGGAGCAGUUAGAGGUGAUGUUGAAGCUUAAAUUAGAGUAUUUUAUUUAUAAAAUAUAAUUAGGAUGGAUAUUAAUGGUUAACUUGGGCUGAAUCUAGACUUGCUGAAAUUGAAAGAAGAAAUGCUUAACUUUAAGAUUAAAGAUGUUGGGCCAAUGGACUUUUUGUUAGGUCUCUUGCUGAUCAUGCUGAUGCUAUUGGUGUUGUUUAACUUUUAGAAUAAGAUGUUGCUGGUUUUCUAACAAAUAAUGCUGGAGUUGAACUCGUUUAAAAGGCUGAAACCAUUGCUGAUAAAUUAUCUGCUUACAGUCAUCUCUUCUAAUAAGAUGCCUUAUAGAAGUUCUAAUCCCUCGCUGAAGUUAAAAGAGAAGGAACAACUGGAGAAUAAGUCCUUUAAAUUUUAUAAGACUUAUAAGCCGAAUUAGAAUCUACUCUUGCAACACUCUAAGAGUAAGAAAUCCAUGCUGCCUUCGCCCUUGCUAAAUACGUUUCAGAUACUAAUGCUGAAGUUGCAUGGUUGAACUCAGAACAUGAAAGAAGAACAGGACUUGUUGAAAAAUUAGAAACUGUAAUUGAUAUAUCAAAUUUCAUAGUAACUCCCAGCUGUUCUUGCCUAAUAAGCCAAGGCUCUUAAAUUAUGGAAAGAUUCAUUAAAUGCAGUUGCCGGUGCUACAGCUGAUUUGGAAGAAAAGAGAGAAUUCUAUGCCUCAGAAACUGCUAGAAGAUAAGGUAUUUUAUUAUGUAAUAAUUAUUAUAGAGGAAAAUGCUAUUAUUGAUGUUGUUAUCCAACUCUUUAAAGAUUAAGUAAGAUCAUUGGCUUCAUAAACUUCUCUAAAGAGAAAGUGAU